AUGAGCAAGUUUCUAGUAGCUAAAGUGAAGAAUGUCUUAAGCGGCGAUACUGUCGUGCUUGUUCCUUUGAAAACAACUCAAAUUCCUGUCCCAGAAAGAAUUUUAACACUUUCAUAUGUUAGAUCCAAUGGUAGUUUUAUGGCUAAAGAGUACUUAAGAAAGCUAUUGAUAGGUAAAGAGAUUAAAUUCAAGGUUUUGUAUAAAGUUCCUGCAACAGGCAAAGAAUUUGGGGACAUUCAAUCUCCCACGUUUAAUUCAUUGAUUGAGCAUUUAGUUGAAAAGGGUAUGGUCAAGGUAAAAGAAAACAACGCUGAUGACGACGAUGAUUUUAUACAACAUCUUGUGGAUAUUGAGAGGAGAGCUGAGGCAACAGAUCAAGGGACUUGGAAUGCAAAUGAUAAUGGUGAGGUAGAGCUCGUUGACCUCGACGACUUCGCUAUAGAGAAGUCGAGAAAAACUCCUAUCACAGUUAUUGUGGAAAAGGUUAUCAGUGGUGACAGAGUUGUUGCUAGAAUUAUUGUCAACAAGCACAAACACAUAGUUACCUCUUUAGUUUUGGCAGGAAUUAGAACUCCUCGUACUGAUGAUACUACUCAGUCCACGUUACAGAAAAAAAUAGCUUUGGAGGCUAAACAAUUUGUUGAGGACAAGCUUUUAACUACCACUGCUACUAUUAAAGUUAGCAUCAUAGGAGAAACUCAGUCUGGGUUACCCGUUGCAGUUUUCUACCAUGAGUCUGGAAAUGAUAUUCAUGAAAAAUUAUUAGAAAAAGGAUUUGCUGAGAUCGUUGACUGGCAAUCUUCAAUGAUUGGAUCUCAAAGCAUGUUGAAAUUGAGGAAAGCUGAACAGACUGCUAAAGCUUUAGGGAAAGGACUUUUCUCGACCUCCAAGGCUCCUAAUGCAUCGAAUACCACCCCCUCGUCAUCAGCGACCUUGAGACAAGGAGCUACGAUCGAAGGAGUACAAAUUUUGAAUGUAAUUAGUGCCGAUACAUUUGGAAUAAAGUUACCUUCUGGAGAAGAAGCUACAGUUCAAUUAGCUUCUAUAAGGGCACCAAAGUCUUCAGACACAACUGUCACUUCGAAUAGUAAGGUCCAGCAGGCUUUGGUAAAUUCUGCGCGUGAGUUUGCUAGACAGAAGGCGAUUGGAAAAACAGGUACUUGUUAUGUAGUGGGUCUCAGAACUUUCCAUCCCGCAAUUAACUCUUCGCAAAAGCCAGCUUCUAAACAUACAGAAGGAUCAAGAUAUUUAAUUGAUUUCAAAUUAAACGGACUGGAAGAUUUAGCUGAAUUGAUAGUCAAAAAUGGAAUGGCGACUGUCAUCAAACAUAAUAAAGCAACUGCUAACGAAAGGUCUAUGAAUUGGGACAAGCUCAUCGAACUAGAAGAAGAACAAAGACAGAAAGGUUCAAGAGGUGUAUUUUAUUCAGGAAAUGACUUAACCAAGGUUUUGACAGUUGGAACAAGGGUUAUUGAUGCUUCUGAAAACUCAAAUAAGGCUAAGGCUUUUUUUAAUGGCCUCAGACAAAAAGACAGAAUUUCUGGAUACCAUGUAGAUUUUAUACCUUCUAUCAAUAGGGUAAAGUUAUAUAACCCUAAGGAAGGAUUAAAGCUCACAUUAGUCUUGGGGGGUUUAUCAAACAACAAAGAAGGAGAUGCUCCUGAAAAAGGUUUAAAGAUGAUGAGAAAUAAGUAUCUUCAAAGAAACGUCGAAUUUGACAUUUAUGACAAAGACAAGGUGGGAGGUUUCAUCGGUAAUUUAUAUGCAAACGCCAGCAGCUCAUAUCCUGUGCAAGUGAGCUUACUCGAGCAAGGUUUUGUUCGAGUACAUGACUUAGCAGUUACGUCUAAUCCUUUCUGUGCUGAGCUAGUAAGAGCGGAAGAGUCUGCAAAAGAAGGAAAGAAGGGCUUAUGGGCAAAUGAGAAUUCCAUUCACGAUAUCUCAAAUCAAAUCGAGCAAAUGGAUUUACAAGGGUCGAAGCCCAAGUUCUUUGAUAUUGAGGUUACAGAAGUUGAUCCUCUGGGAAUAAUUUACUUCCAUAUUUUAGACAGCGAAACAGUCGCCAAAUUCAAUUCUUUCAAAAAAGAUUUUCAAGCUUUCCAUUUGAAGCUGUCGUCAGCUAGCAGUAGCUCACUGGAUUUUCCAUCCAACUUGACGAGGGCACCAAAGAAGGGCGAAUUGGUAUCAGCAAAAUUUUCUGACAAUGGUAAAUACUAUCGUGCAAAGGUUCUCGCAUUUGAUAAGAGUUCUAGUCUUUACGAAGUCAAACAUUUAGAUUUUGGUAAUGUUGAUAAGGUUCCUUUGUCGGCUUUGAGACUUUUACCCAGUCAAUUCAGUAUCUCUAAAUUGCCUGCUUUUGUUCACUCGACUUCCUUACAGAAUAUUAAGUUACCCCCUGCCUCAUUUGAAGACUAUUUGUCGAAUGCCUUGGAUGCCUUAGAUGAGUAUACGUUUGAUAAAAAGUUGGUUCUUAGUGCGCUUCCUUCCAAAACAGGACCGACAGAGUACAACUCAAUCAUCUAUGACUCUCAAAAAUCUUUAAAGGACUCGACUUACACGAUAAACAAGCAGCUCGUUUCUGAUGGAUGGGCUUUAGUCGACUCAAAAAGCUCAUCGAACACCGAUAAGGAUUACGUUAAUGGUUUACUUGAAGCUGAACUGAACGCAAAAUCUAAGCAUCUUGGAUGUUGGGAGUUCGGCAAUAUUUCGUUUGAUGAGGAAGAUACUUAUAUAUGA